AUGCAGAAAUCGUGGACCGAGUCGCUGUACUCCAGGAACACGCCCAGCCGAAAGUGCCUGGAAAGGGUGACGCGCGACCUCGCCGAUCAUCACGCCGACCCUCCGCCUGGCGUGUUCAUGGCGCCCGAGGAGGACAACGUGACAACAGUGCACGCCGUCGUUAUGGGCGCCGCAGGCACGUCGUACCAGGGCGGCUUCUUCCACCUUCUCAUGAAGUGCACGAACGACUAUCCAAUGUCGCCGCCUCAAAUCUGCCUGAGCCUGCUGGGCACGAUGAUCGGGCAGCCCUGGACGCCCGCGCACAACCUGUCGUCGGUAGCCCUGUCCAUCCAGUCGAUGCUGGACGACGCCAUCAACUGCGUCGACGCGGCUCUCGAGCACGUCAUAUUCGGCUACUGGGGUCCGGCUAGCCGGAGGAGUCUGCGGUACGAGACCCUCCGGGUGGCCGUUUGUGGAACAAUCGAAUCGUGCCUCGAAGACGACUGCCCUUUCCCGGCCGUCCUGCGAGACCAGCUGCUCGCCAAGUUCGCCGAAGACUACGCGAGCAACGAGGCCGCCGCCAAGGAAGAGCUAGUCCAAAAACGAGGAGGGUCCCUCUGCGUGCCGCCGCCGCUGGGGGCGCUGCUGCAAGGGGCGCUGUAG